UGAUAGGUACGUCUUUUCUAAAGAAUUGUUUACGCGGGUUAAAAGUUAAUACGGUGUGCUUGUCGCUUGGAAGUUGAAAGUUGAAACGAAGUUGAAAUGAUUCAAUUAGUGAUUUUCAGUAAAAUUCAUUAAUGUUAGUCCCCUUUACUUGAAAGUUUGAGAUGUACUAUUAUUUAAAACAUUUGCUAGAGCAUUGAAUUUUUAUCGUUCUGAGCUUACAAAUCAAGCUAUAGUUUUAAGAUAGUUUAGUGAGCGUGUUAAGGCAUUUUUUUUAUCUUAUGCUAUUAAAAUUUAAGUAUCUUCAAUAUGAGUGCAUGUGUCAUUGGUAUCACUGCUACCAGUGAAAAUGAGCCGCAACAACAAAAUGGUCGAAGAGCCACAAAAGAAAAGAUGAAGUUGGAAACCAAAGAUAAAACAAGUUGUAGAAAAAAACAAAAACGUCAUAAUUCUGAACAUGAUACUGAAAGUGUUUCUAGUGGAGGCAGUGGUAAACCAAAAAAGGAAUUGGAAAUCGAGAUGGAUGCUUCAGUUUUACAGAGACGUCAAAAACAAAUUGAUUUUGGAAAAAAUACUGUUGGCUACCAGAAUUACUUAUCUAAGAUUUCUAUAUCAGACAGAGCAAAAGAAGACCCAAAAACACCAGAUAAGUAUUCUAAGUAUAGUAGGAGGUCUUGGGAUAUGCUCAUCAAAAUAUGGAGAAAGAAAUUACAUGAAUAUGAUGUUGAUGGUAAAAGUUCUAAAGCUGACCAUUAUUCUGAUAUAGAAAGUGAGGGAUAAACAAAAUUCUAAAUUUUACUAUAAUUAUGCCUACAGGCAUACAGAGUAAUUGUAUUAAGUAAUGGACAGGGCAUAAAUUUGGACACCUUCAGAAAAACAAUAAUUUUCACUAUGGUUCCUCCAUGUAAAAUAUAAGAAUAAUUCCUGUCAAUUAUGUAGCAGGUCUAUAACUAUUUUAUUAUAUUUCAUAUUAUUUUGUUUUAUUAGAUUUCAUUUGUAAUUUAGAGUAUACACAGCAAUUACGAGAUAAUAUUGUAAAAUAAAAGGUAAAUGUA